CCAUGAAACUUCUCAGUCAGGAAUAAAGAUCUUCAUUGCUGUGUGUUUUGUACAGCCAGUGAUUGUGUUGACCAAACUGUCUUUUCAGUUCCCAGCAAAUAUAAGCCCACUCUUCAAACCCUGCCAACGGAUAUGCUGAGUGGUCACCGAACAAGAUUUUACAAGCAGUUCCAACAGCUUCAGCAGUUCUAUAAUAACACUAGGAAUCUCCAGUAUUUCAAAGGGUUGAUUCAGGUUCCUGCUUUGCCACAGGAUCCACCAAACUUCCUGGUGGAGGCUGAACUGAGAAGUCAUGUGGCCCCAGUUGUGGUAGUGGAGGAACAGCCAGACCCAGUGGACCUCUCUGAUACCCUUCUCAUCGACACCUCGGAGCCAGAGCCACCUCCCAUACCACCACAUCCGGAUCUCAUUGAUUCACACAAUGGAUCCCUUGCUGAGGUUGUGGCUGAGAGAGAGUCGCUGAUUGAUGCCCUUCAUGGAGAGCUGGAAGCCAUGCGAGCAGAAGUACAAAGAGCUAGAUCCCAAGCCACCCACAACGAAGAACAACUGAGACUGCGGAUAAAUGAUCUGGAGUCAACUAUUGCAGAGCUUGACAGUGAAUUGUUAGCAGAGAGACAAAGCAGAGAAUCAAUCCUAGCUCAGGUAGAAGCUGCUGCUGCCAGUGCUGAAGCAGUCACUCGCCUGGCUGCAGAGGAAACCAGAAGGAGGACAGCAGAAGAGAAGUUCGUAAAAAUGAAGGAUGUUUAUCAGAAAUUACGGGAUGAGCACAUCAAUCUCAUCAGGAGUAAAGCGGACUUAGAUAAGGAACUUGGCCAAGCUCGUGAAGCCUUAUCAACAAGUCAGCGAAGUCAAGAUGAGGCUGCAGCUAAUCUUCAGCGGUUGCAGGCACAGAUGGUCCAUGAAGCAGAAACCCAGCAAAACUCUGUACAAUCGGCACAGCUGGAAGCCCAGUCACUUCACCAGCAGUUGAGUGCAGCAAGGACAGAGAGGGAUGAGGCCCUAUGUCAAGUGAAAGAGUUGCAGGCUGGCAUGUCCAACCUUCAAAGCCAGUUGGAGGCACAAGGUGUCAGAUUUACAUCUGAGGCUCAAGGGAUACACAAUGAGUGGGAGUCUGGAGUUCACAAGUGUGUAGAAGGAGCAGUAGACGGGGCACUUGUCAUUAUGGCUAAUGCACUCUCACAUUUUGACCAUGAAGCCCACACUGCUGUCAAAUGCACGCCAGAAUACACUUUGGUUUAUCAGACCUUGGUGGAUAAUGCUUUAUCAAGUCUUUCAAAUGCCCAUGAGACUUAUUUAAACAAUUUCAAUACUGCACCAAGCCUGGUGGCCAGCAUUUCCAGUGCUGCUCAUUUUGCAUCUGUUUUUCUGCUUUAUGCUAAAGCAACAUCACAUACAAGUCCAAACAUUGAACAUGCAGAAAAUCUUGUAGCAGCCUUAGAAGUGUUUGCCAAGAAAUGCAUGGAAACCAUGGAGAGAAUACGCUCUAAGGAAAGCAUACAGGACAUUCCUUACAUAAAGGAGCAGUUUGACAGAUGUUGCACACUAGUGUCUCUUUGUGAGGAUCAGAGUCCAAGAGAAGAGGACAUGGCGGAGGUUGUUCAGCGGGAGAUGGAGGCAAUGGACUUGGCCAUUAGGGAUGCAGUUGAUAAGUUCACUCGACUCUUAGAGAACUCCAGAGCAAAUGACACUGGAAUGCAGCUAGAGGUCAAUGAAAGCAUCCUGGGAACCUGCAGUGACCUCAUGGCAGCAGUAAGACAGUUAGUUGUAAGAGCGUCAGACUUACAGAGAGAGAUUGUUGCUGCUGGGAAAGGGGGAGCCUCACCCCGAGAGUUCUACAAACGCAACCACCGCUGGACGGAGGGCCUUCUCUCGGGUGCUAAGGCUGUUGCCAUUGCAUGUCAGGCUCUUAUGUGUGCUGCUGAUCAAGUUGUAAGUGGAAAAGGAAAGUUUGAGGAAGUCAUUGUAGCAUCACGUGAGAUUGCUGCUUCUUCUAUGCAGCUGGUCAUGGCUUCAAGGGUGAAGGCUGAGAAGUCUAGCAAGAAAAUGGCAGACCUUAGUACUACUGCCAAGCAAAUUUCGACUUUGACGGGAACAGUGGUGGCAACUGCUGAAAAUUGUAGAGACAAGAUUUCUACUGCUUCAACCCUAGAUUUCUCCAAAUUGAGUUUGCACUCAGCAAAGCGCUUGGAAAUGGAGACCCUAGUAAAGAUGCUGGAGACAGAAAAGCAGCUGGAGAAUGAGCGGACAAAGCUAGCAGAACUACGUAGACACCAUUACAAGCUUGCUGGAGAGCUUGAAGGAUGGGAUGAAGAGGAUAUCCCAAAGUAGGAGGUUGAAUGGAUGACUUACUUCUAGGUAAAGGUAUAAUGUAAAGAGACUAUUUUGUAUACUAAAUAUUGGCAAUAGAAUGAUGUGAUGUUGAUGAAGUCUUUAAAGCCAAGGGAUUAUACUACCAGUUUCACAUACAUCCAGACUGAGUACCAUUUUGUGACAUUGUUACUGGACGCUACACACAUUGUUUGGAUUGGGAAAUUAGAUGCAGUAUGGCUGGGAUGUGAAAGUCUAAAGUGAAGGUAUGUAUAUGAAAGAAUGUGUCUCCUUAUAUGUAAGUGUAAAAUUUAUAUAAAUGUAUAUAUUUUAUUUUUUUUGCAGAUAUACAGUCUUAAAUUGUUAUAGGAAGUAAUUAUGCAAAUGCUGAUACAUAAGGUUUUAUUAAUUUUCAUAAGAAGUAUUAUUUUUUUUGGGGGGGAGGGGACAAAAGGGGUAUUACAGAUAUUGAAUGUAGUGUUGGCUUUGAUAAUGGAAAUAAGUUUGAUUAUCUUAAUAGCACAGUUAUGAAUGAUAUAUUGUACUAUCUUGUUCUCAUAUUGAUUAUUGUAAUAAUAAGUUUAAAGAAACUGUGAAAAAUAUAAAAUUAAUAAUGGACAUACAGUGAUGAUAAUGAUACA